AUGUCGUCGUCUGUAAACAUUGAGCACACUCAGGGCGAACCAAAGGCAGCGAAACCGACGGGCAAGGUCCGCAAGAGAGCGCCGAAAGCGUGUUUAUCAUGCCGAGCGAGGAAGGUCAGAUGUGACGUCUCACAGAGGGGCCGGCCAUGUAUGAACUGUUACCUGGACAGCGAAACUUGUGUCGUCACGGGGAGAGCCUCUCGGUUGCGAGCGGAACGCAAUGGCGACAAUUCUCAAGCAUCAUACCCGCCAUACAACGCGGAGAAUGAUGACCAUUCCAGAUCGGCCGAGGACAUCGUUCGGUCGAGGUUGAAUGGGGAAUCGACAUCCCCAACAGCGAACAACGACGAAGGCAUUCACCAGGAAAACCCACACGAUACCUGCGACAGCCACCACCACGAAGAGCUUCCACAGCCGGAAAUGCGCGACGAGCCAUCAAUGCCGCCACCUGCUCAACCUGUGCCAAACGUCGGAAAUAUCCAGAACACAUACAACAAGCACCCCGUGCCACCAGCCACUAUAAAAGGUAGUGUUAUUUUCGUGCCGACCGAAGAAUCCGAACUGACUGAUGUAGACUUCAACCCCACCGGGGUGCCAGAAAUUCCACCAUACAUGUCCACUGACACCCCUUUAUGGGUUGGUGACCAGAGAGUUGCGGUCAACGCCGAUAUCACAUACAGCUACUAUCCAUUCCUCAGUGUCAACAACCUACAUAACAUCAUGCCACAAGACGUCAACUACCUAGAAUCCCAAGGAUGUUUCCGAGUACCGACCCGCGAGAUUCUCGACGAGUUUGUCCAGCAAUAUUUUCUACACAUUCACCCCAUGUUACCCAUGUUGAACGAAGGCGACUUCUGGGACAUAUACGGGCAUUGUGGGCAUGGUGGAUCGGGUGACAAAAUGCCACUCCUGGUGUUCUACUCAAUGAUAUUUUCUUCCUGCAACUUCGUGUCCAAGUCGAGCAUCAAAGCCCUCGGCUUCCCCAGCAUCCGCGCCGCCAGAGCCACUCUAUACAGACGGUGCAAACUGCUAUACGACUUCGACAGCGAGUUUUCCAUGGUAUAUCUCGCACAAUCCGCGCUCCUACUCUCCCACUGGUCACCAAAUUUCACCCACGCUUUCAAGAAGGCCAACUCAAUGUGGCUCGGCAUGGCCAUUCAGAAUGCGAAGAGCGCCGAGGCGCAUCACUAUUCGGCAAUGCCCACGUACUCUGCUUCUGUGGACCCGAUCCAAAGCAAAAAGCAAAACGUGCUCAAGCGACUUUGGUGGUGCUGCAUUCUGCGUGAUCGCAUCCUUCCCUUGGGGCUCAGGCGGAGCUUGAAAAUAACCCGAUCUCACUUUGACUUCGACGCGAACACUGGGCUUGGUUACACGGAUCUGGCGGAUGAGAUUGACAGAUCAAGGGUGUACAACUCAGGGACGAAGAGGUGUCUUAUCGAAAUAUUUGUGCAGGUAAUUGAACUAUGCACGGUGUUGACCGACCUCAUCAUGCUCGUGUUCCCACUGGACGACUCCCCAGGCUGGGGCAAGCAGUUUGGAUUUGAGGAGACUGAGAAGAUCAGGGAAUGCAAGACUGCUCUGAGACGCUGGUACAAAGGGGCCACGCUAAGGUUUCCUAUGUUUGGCGGCGAUGCCGUACCUCGCAUGACGGUGACUGGCGGCAAAGAGUUUCAACACGACUCAGUGAUACUAUACACCAAUUUGAUGUAUAUGUACUAUCACUCCGCUAGAGUCGCGUUAAGCCAUCACGAGGUCCUACAAACAGCAGUCGCGGCCGCAUCUCCCAACUUGACAAGCAACCUGAGGGAGUUUUCGAACAUAUUCGAGAACCGCCAUGAACUACAAGACGCAGCCUCAGGCGUCACAGAGUGCUUAAAGGAACUCGUCCAGUUGAAACUUGCCAGAUGGUUGCCGAUUAGCGCUGUGGCGUCUACCGCCUUGCCUCUUGUGUUACAUAUUAUCGACGUCAAGCUCUCCACAUACAACAAAAACAACACAUCUGUCAUUUCCAGACCCCAGGACGCGGUGAAGCAGCAUCGUCUCAACAUCCUCAUCGAAGCGAUGAAGACAUACCAGCCCCAAUAUGACGGCGUUGACUACGUCAGCGAGACUAUCCGCCACAUUGUGACACUGGCUCAGCUCGAUACCCCCGCCCCACCUUCUUCAACAUCGAACAACAUUACGGACUGGCAAGACAUACUCUCAUCGCAACCAGGCUGCUAUCUACGUCUGGCCAUGACCAUGGACCUGAGCUUGAGCAAAGGACGCUUGCCUGAGGAAUCGGAUUUCCCGGCCAGUCUGAGAGGCCUCUUCACAGCUGGCUACAGCUCUGUCAAAGCUUUGAUGGGAGCUGGUAAGACAAACAUUGCUCCUAUGCCACAAUACCAGAUGUACUCGAAUACUGCCGACCAGAUCAUGUUGCCGAUGGGUGUUAUGCAAGUGCCCGGCACGGUGCACUCGCUUUCCUCAGACACAGACUCGGAUUCUCCCGGGUCACAGGAUGACCAUGCCAUGGGAAAUUACUCCAUGCAUAACGGACCGGCAGCACAGCAGCAGCAGCAACAACAACAACAGAAACAGCAACAAAACACCGGACAACAACAGCAGCAGCAGCAGACACAACCUGAUCACAACAAUGACUUGCACUUUGGAAGCCAUAACUUUGUCGAUUCAGCACUCGAGAUGGGUGGCCUAGCCGGAGAGGCUCUUGCAGCUUAUUCCAUUCAGAACGACUCGCCGCAGAGCUCGGGCUCAGAUCUUGAUGGUGAUGGCACAUUGUUUGACGGCGAAGAGACGAUCAUGACGGAUUGGAUCGGAAACGCAUGGGGCAACGACGAGAGAGGAGAUCAAGAGACAGCAAGGGUCUUGCUCGAUGCAUUGAGGGAGAGCGAAGGGAUGAGCAUCGAAUGCGGCGCAUGA